CCAUUUUGGCUCAAGCCUGCCCUGGUGCCAGGGUGGGCAGGAACGCGCCGUGCCUCUCCUUCUCGUAGGAGAGAGCGGCUCUGUCCUGCUCCCCGUGUCGCGGCCCCUGCCAUGGCGGCGUCGGGCGGCGGCACCAAGGGGAUGGAUCUACGGUCGGACGGCGCUGGACUGGUCAUCGCGAUGGCCGUCCAAGGCGCUGCUCAGGGAGCGGCGGCGGGCGGCGCCUCGCGGCAGGCGAUCGCGGCUGCCGUGGCCGCAGCGCUGCGCACCGCCUGGGCGCUCCUGGCGGACGGCGGCUCCGAGGAGGACGCCGAGCUCGCUAUGCGCUGGCAGGCCAUGGAGCCUGCCAUGCGCCAGCAGCUGCGGGGCGUGCAGGCGUGCGGCGCAGCCCGCGCCAGGCGCAACGUCGGGGCGCACGUGGUCCUCGGCAAGGGCGUGGAGGCCCUGCGGGAAGCCCUGGUGCGGCCGCAGCGCGCCCAGCGUGGCGGACGCUGCGGGCCCCGCGUGCCGGCGCAGCCGGACCUGGCCGAGGCGGGCGGCGGCGGCUCGACCCCGCCCUCUCCGCCCAUGGUGCCGAGCGCGGCGGUGGCCACGGAGGUGGGCGGGAACCCCUUCGACGACCACGCCGACGACACCAUGCUGGAGGGGUCCGUCGGCGACGGCGCGGAGCUGGACGUGGACGUGUGCAAGGGCACCGACCAGGUCGUGGACAGCUCCGAGGCGCGCGUGGACGCGAGCGAGCAGGAGCACCAGAGCCCCUUCGAGGAGGACACGGUGCUGGGCGAGGUCCCGCCCUUCCCGCAGCUCAGCGCGGCGGUGGGCGAGGAGGCCGUCGGAGGCCCCUUGGAGAGUAUCGUCGGCGCCGAGCUGCAGGGUCAGGAGAGCGAGGAGGCGACGAACGACGACGACUUCGUUCUCCCCUCGAUCCUCGCCAAGAUGGAGGAGUCGAUGGAGGCCCAGCGGCGGUCCCAGGCCAGCCUCGUGGAGGACCUGGCCAAGUUGCGUGCCCUCCGAGCGCAGGAGCUAUCCGUGGCUCUGCGCAAUGGGGUGGCGGGCGCCGUCGACGAGGCCAAGGUGCGCCUUCGGGCCGCCGUGGAUCGGCUCCGUCUGGCCGAGGCCGCCUUCGACAACAAGAUGGCCACCUUCCAGCGGCAGUGCGAGGUCCUGCAGCGGGCGUCCCAGCGGCGGUGA